GACGUCGUGAACUGCCACAACGACACCCCACUGCACGAGGCCUGUGCAGCCGGGCACACGGAGGUGGCGCGCGCCUUGAUUGAGGCCCGCGCGGCCAUUGACGUCGCUGGGAGGUUUGGCUUUACACCGCUGCUGGCGGCCUGUAAGCACGGCCGUCGUGAAGCUGCACGGCUGCUCCUGGAUGCUGGCGCAGAUAAGGACCGUCUGACGGCGGAAAACACGCCGUUGAUUCAUGCCUGUUCCGCUGGGCUGCUCGAGGAGGCACGGCUGCUCAUCAAAGCCAGAGCGGAGGUCAACAAGGCCGGCCGCUUUGGCUACACACCUUUGUACCUGGCUUGGAAAAGCCGCCACCCUGCGCUAGCGCAGCUUUUGAUCGACGCCGGCGCAGACCUGGAUCUGGCGCUGAUGCAGAUGCAUGUCGGCUACGCCCGCGCACCGAGCCGUGAGCGUGGUGCCUGUCAGCGUAAGACCGGGUCUCCGCAAGGAGGGUGA